GUUUCUAUUAUGAAUGAAACAUUUUUUUAUAAUUAUUUUUUUUGUUUUUUUAAAGAAUAAUGCCGAAAUUCGCAGUCAGAGAGUGGGAUGAACUCAUUUCAGGUCCUAUUUCUAUGGGAGAACAGGAUAAACGAGUCUUUGCGCAUGCUGAUUUGCCCGCAGUCAAUGAUAAGUUGUCAAUAACGUUAAGACUAAAAAUUCACAAUCAUAGCUCUAAUUGGUCUGCAGUUUUUCAUAAAGGUACUGGAGAUUUCAUCCGCACUCCACUUCUCCAGUUGACGAAAAAUAAAUCUGCACUGCAUGCUCGAUUCACAGCCAACUGGAGUUCCGAUGUUGGAGUUUAUGAGCCUGACGAUGGACUUUUAUUGAACAGAUGGUACCAUAUAGCUUAUACACUUUCUGAUCCCGAAAAAAGAUUAGAUAUUUAUAUAGAUGGUGAAUGGAUCGGAUUCUAUGGCAUCUCGAAAAUUAAAGUGCAAAAAGUUAUUUUUAAUGAUGGUCCUUUAUAUAUUGGACGUGCUCACAGUUAUCUUGGGUUUAAUGGUGAAAUUAGCAAUGUUCGUUAUUUCAACUGGCGCCUAUCCCCUGAAGAAGUAAUAGAAGAUUAUUUCGAUGAGUCUCAGAAAAAGCCAAUUGUAUAUGGAUCAAAAAUCGCUCUCGCACAUGUAUCUACUGGAAAAUAUCUAUCCACUAAAGGAAUCAAAUAUGACUUGGGUCGAAAUGUCCAGCACUAUAUGGCUAUUUGUGAUGGUCAGGAAUUAGAUUUGAAAAAUGACGUUUGGACUAUAAUCGGAGCCAAUGGUAUAAGUAUAAAAGAAGGGGAUCCCGUGUCUCUUAACAAUAUUAUUGGAUUUAAACAUCAAGCAACAGGGUGUUAUUUAAAUUCUCAUGGUACUAAUUAUGGGAGAGUCACACCAAUGUCAAAACAACAACAAGUGACCAUGUGUUCGGAUAGAGAUAGUAAUAAUGAUUGGGUUAUUCGACGUUAUAAUUCAACCACUUCCUAUGACGUUGGUCAUUUAAUGAAUGGUGAUAUUAUUAGCCUUUUCCAUAUCAGAACUAAUAAGCCAGCACUUUACAGUAACGCCAUUUUAUUAGGUGAUGGAACUCAAGAAGUUUCUUGUUAUGGGGAUGGAAGUGAAAAUAAUAAUAAGUGGCGUAUUGAAAUAAUUAACUAAAUACGAAUUUGCAAUAACUUAAGUUGAAAAUACUCAAUACAAUCAAUUUUCAUUAUACAAUGUGAAUUUUAAUAAUUGUAAAAUCUAAUUAAAAUUCACCAGUUAAUUGGUUCAAAAAGCUCAAAAUUUUCUUUAUGCAUUUAUGCAUGAAAUAUUCUAAGAUGUCGAGCUAAAAGCAGUUUACUCAAUAUAAUUUUCAAAAUUACUUUUACUAAAAUAUACCAUAAAAAGUUAAAUAUCAAUUUCGUUUAAUUUCACCAAAAUAUGAUAAAACCUCAAUAAAA